CGUUUCUCGUUGAUUUGAUUGUAAAUGCAAGACCAAGUGCGCUGUGCUGUUUUUCCUUUUUGUUUCUAGUGAUUCUCUUGAAUACAUAAUUCUAUAGUUUAGAGAUUGUACUUUCAACUUUCUAGUGUUAAAAUAAAGUUAGUGAUGGAGAUCUUCUCGCCUAGUUAAAGAGAAUCAUAGUGGAUAAUCCGGAUUUGCGAUCCACAUAUAGUCAUUGUCAUCGUAGUGUGGCUUUAUGUUUUAACACAUUCACAGUGUUUUAUUAUCGUUUGGUGUAUUUUUAGAACUCGACUCGUAUUGAGUCUGAAGUCUUUGUAAACACUAUAUUGUAAAUACUUGUGCUGUUUUUAUUAUGACUAUAUGAAAUUGAAGAGUGGAUAAUUUUUUUUGGCUGCAAUAGUGUUUCUUGUGUAAUGAAUAUCAUCCAUUUCUUAUUGGGAGCAAGUUUUUCAACGACAUUUCCUUCAUAUUUAUGGUGCUGAAGCCGCGGUGAAGGCGACGGCAUGUGGCGCGGCGCGCGGGUGCUCCUACUCGCGGCGCUGGGGCUGCUGGCCGGGCCUGCCGUCGCGCUCGACAAGAAGUUCAACAUCACCAUCGGCUACCUGCCGUCCAUCAAGGGCGAGCUCCGAGAUAGACAGGGGCUGGCUAUCUCCGGCGCACUGUCUAUGGCCCUUGAGGAGAUCAACAAUGGUACAAAACUGUUGCCAGAAGUAAACCUCCAGCUGAAAUGGAACGACACGCGGUGCGACACUGUGACGGCGACCCGCAUGCUGACAGACAUGACCUGCUCCGGAGUCGUGGCCUUCUUCGGGCCCGAGGGGCGCUGCCACACUGAGGCCAUUGUGGCCAAGUCCAGGAACCUGCCCAUGAUCUCUUACAAAUGUUCUGAUUACCAAACAUCCACAUUAUCAAAUUUUGCGAGACUGGAGCCGCCAGAUACACAAGCGACGAAAUCUGUAAUAGCUCUUCUGCGGUACUACAGAUGGACCAAGUUCUCCAUACUAUACGAGGAACCGUGGGUGACGGUAGCGUUAACUCUGGAGAACCACGCGAAGAAGAAUAAUAUGACGGUGAACCAUCAGCGACCAGUCAUCGAAGGGUUCAAGUGCUGCGAGGAGAAAAUGGCUUGUUGCGCACCCGGCUUCUGGUACCAGUUCAUACAAGAGACCAAGAAUAGAACCAGAAUAUAUGUAUUUUUGGGUUCAACCGCUGGUCUAAUAGACAUGAUGACAGCCAUGGAGUCACUGCAGUUGUUUGCUAAAGGAAAAUACAUGGUUAUUUUCGUUGACAUGAUGACAUAUGUUCCUAAGGAAUCAUUGAAAUAUUUAAUAAAAACGGAGGACCGCGGCGCCACGCUGGUGUGCCCGAAGACGAACUGGGAGCUGCCGUUCAAGAAGCGCGCGCAGUCGCUGCUGGUGGUGGUGUCGUCGGAGCCCGAGGGCAGCUACGAGCUGUUCACGAGCAAAGUGCGCGACUACAACAGCAUGAAGCCCUUCGAGUUCCCGCUGCCGGCCGUGUUCGAGAAGAAAUUUAAUAAGUUUGUAUCAAUAUAUGCGGCAUAUUUGUACGACUCGGUGAAGUUGUAUGCGACGGCACUGCAUACGCUUAUAGAAGAGGAGACAACGUAUAAAAACGAAAGUCUCACCUACGAAAAACUGAUGACUAUCGCCACUAAUGGAUCUCUAAUUGUCUCGAAAAUGAUUCAUAUUACCCCCUUUAAAAGUGUGGCGGGGAUGUCUAUACGUCUCGACGAGCGAGCCGACUCCGAGGGUAACUUCUCUGUACUGGCGUUCAAGAACACCACCGUCGAAGAUAUCAAGUGCAACGCCAGCAUGGUUCCCGUUGGUCAUUUCCAACAGAGUAGCAAAGAAUUUCCAGAAUACAAAUCGAAUGCUCUCGUACCAAUUGACUGGCCUGACGGCAUAAAACCAGAAGCUGAACCCUCAUGUGGUUUUCUCAAUGAAAAAUGUCCAAAAGACGACUCGCAGAUAACUUCACUGGUAGUGGCUGGUACAUUAGCAGUUACACUAUUCUGUGCGCUCGUGGUGACAAUCAGCAUUUAUAGGAAGUGGAAAAUUGAGCAGGAAAUUGAGGGGUUGCUGUGGAAGAUCGACCCUCAGGAUAUUGCUGGAUAUUUGGGCAGUGGUCUUGUCUGGUCGCCUAGUAAGUUAAGUUUAGCAAGUGGGAUAUCCGGUGAAAGCAAAUGUUGUACGCAAAUAUUCACUACAACAGCGCAAUACAGAGGGAAUGUUGUGAGAAUAAAAGAAUUGAAGUUUUCAAAGAAAAAGGAUAUCCCCCGGGAGGUGAUGAAGGAGAUGCGUCUCCUGCGCGAGCUGAAGCACGACAACCUCAACUCGUUCAUCGGCGCCGUGGUGGAGCCGCUGCGUGUGCUGCUCAUCACCGACUACUGCGCUAAAGGAAGCUUGUAUGAUAUAAUUGAAAACGAGGACAUAAAGUUGGAUCAAAUGUUUAUAUCUUCGCUAGUACAUGAUCUCAUUAAGGGUAUGAUAUUCAUUCAUACUUCGCCAUUAAUUUAUCACGGAAAUCUCAAAUCGUCGAAUUGUGUGGUUACUUCACGGUGGAUGCUCCAGGUUACUGAUUUUGGUCUCCACGAUUUAAGGUGUUGUGCUGAAAACGAUUUCAUUGGAGAACAUCAAUACUACAGAGGUUUACUAUGGAAAUCUCCAGAAUUGCUAAGACAGCUAGAUGAUCCGAAUGGAUUUGUUGGUGGGACCCAGAAAGGAGAUGUUUAUGCAUUCGGCAUCAUACUGUAUGAAAUAAUUGCCAGACGUGGUCCAUUUGGCUUUGCAACUGAACCCAAAGACAUAGUUGAGAGAGUGAAGCGCGGCACGCGCGCGGACGGCGAGGAGCCGCUGCGGCCGGACACGCGCGCGCUGGAGGGCGCGGUGGACGAGUACGCGCUCAGCGUCAUGCGCGACUGCUGGGCCGAGGACCCCGCCGCGCGCCCCGACUUCCCCGUCAUACGCAGCCGGCUCAAGAAGCUGAAGUCUGGCAAGUCAAGAAAUAUUAUGGACCAAAUGAUGGACAUGAUGGAGAAGUAUGCCAAUAAUUUAGAAGAACUAGUCACUGAGAGAACCAGGCUGUUAAUAGAAGAGAAACAGAAAACAGAGGACUUGCUCCAUAGAAUGCUACCGAAGUCAGUGGCUCGAAGGUUGACCACGGGCGAGGGUGUGGAGCCGGAGUCAUUCGACUCCGUCACCAUAUACUUCAGCGACAUCGUGGGCUUCACCGCCAUGUCGGCGGAGAGUACGCCGCUGCAGGUGGUCAACUUCCUCAAUGACCUGUACACUGUCUUCGAUAGGAUAAUUAGAGGCUAUGACGUGUAUAAAGUGGAAACUAUCGGGGAUGCUUAUAUGGUGGUAUCCGGCCUCCCAAUAAGGAAUAACGACAGACACGUGGGUGAGAUAGCAUCGAUGGCGCUGGAGCUCCUCAACGCUGUCAAGACGCACAAAAUAUCGCACAGACCGAACGAGAUACUCAAACUAAGAAUAGGGAUCCACACAGGUGCGGUAGUGGCAGGCGUGGUCGGGCUGACGAUGCCGCGCUACUGUCUGUUCGGCGACACCGUCAACACGGCGUCGCGCAUGGAGUCCAACGGGGAGCCGCUGCGCAUACACAUCUCGCCGAGCUGCAAGCAGGCGCUCGACAAGCUGGGCGGAUACGUCGUCGAGCCGAGGGGCACCAUCCCCAUCAAGGGCAAGGGCCAGCUGCAAACGUAUUGGCUGGUUGGUGCGACUGAGAAGGCGAUACAGAAGAGGACGGUAGAGGGAGAAGAACGACCACUGUUCUGUCGCCCGCGGCGAAGUCCCAGACUGACUGACUCAAGGCAUCCAUCUAUCUCAGAGCUGAAGAGCGACGGUCGCUCGGGGAGCGGCAGCGGCGGCAUCCGCCAGCGCCUGCACAGCGGCGCCUCGCUGCCCGCGCCCGCCUCGCCGCCCGCCCGCCGCGCGCCCAUUAACACACACAACAGACGUGCGCUGAGUUCCAUCGCGUCGUCGAUGGCGUGCGAGGGCAUGGGCGGCGGCAUGGGCGCGUGCGUGGGCGACUGCGUGGGCACCGACGCGGACGGCUGCGCGCUGCGGUCCGCGCGUUCGCUCGACACGCUCGGCGCGCGCGCCCGCCUGCGCCGCCAGAACACGACGCGCUCGCUGGACGCGGACGUGGUCAUCGCCACCGUGUCCUCCGCGCUCUUCAACGGCACCGCGCUGUCGCCGCCCGACGAGCCGCCGCGCGCUGACGAGGACAGCCCCCUGCUGCGUAAAGCGAGCCUGUGCAACAAACUCGACCGCCCUAAGCGCAAGGUGCCCGACUCUGACUACAUCGAAUUUUAUAAGAAGUGGCGUUCGCUAGAGAACGUCGCUGACGUUAAAGGGGGCGCUAAGAUGCCGCGUUUCGCGAUCCGCUCGUGGCUGCUCGGUAUCUUCGGCGGCGGCGCUCGCAGCACCUCGUCGUCGCUCCGCCGCGCGCCGCACCUGCUCGACCGCGAGUCCGCCGUGUGAGGCGCCGCACCGUGUAUAUUCCGAUAUAUGUAUAUGAAAUGCUCUUGUAAAUAAUAUGUGUAAGUAAAACGAUGUUACCGUCAAUUGUGAAAUAAGAGUUUAAUGUUAUUAAAUAAUUUCUAUUGAA